CUCGCGUGAAAAUCAGACGGACGUGUGCGGAUGUAGGUAGAGUAGAGUAGAGGGAGAUCAGAGUGUGUCUAAAAACGGGCGAGCCGUAGUCUGGGACUUCGGGGACACGGCUAGGUGUCCUUCUCUCUCACACACACGCACAUCAUACAGAGAGCCCCCUGCGUAGGUACUGCUGCAGGCGAAAAAAAACGUCGGGGGGCGAGUUUUCGAGUAUGCGCGACGGCAGCGGCGGCGGCGGCGGCGGCGGCGGCGGCGGCAGCUCCCAGGGGAGAGUAUAGUAGUAGUCGGUAGUAGCUAGGCGUCAGCGGAGAUCUCAGCACGACAUCGACAGUAGCGAGGAGGCGGCGGCCCGAAGAUGCAGCGCGGCGGUUACGAAGCUGCCUCGUGUUGUCCUCGAUGAUACCUACUCUAUAUACUUACUCUGUUGUUCUUCCGUUGUUGAUUGAUUUGUUCCGCUAAGUGUUGUUGUUGUUGUAUACGUUUAACCGAGUGCAGUCCGUCCCGAGGCGCGUGUGUGUGUUUGUUGGUUCAGUUCCGCCGCAGUAUACUUAAGCCAAGGACUGCUGCGAUAUUUUUUAGCGUAGAAAAAUACAAGGUAGAAAAACGAAGAAGAUGGGCUCGGUAGUGCUCAAGUCGCUCUCGGUGCUUCUGGGUAUAUUCUUCGUCUUCGUCGGCAUCAUGAAGCUAACCUCGUACAUCAGCAAGGACCUGCACAAGGACCUGAGGAAGGAGUAUGUCAAGUACGCGAAAGUUUUCCCGCUGGCGAACGCGAUGGACUUCAAGGUGCCGAGCAAGUGGUACCGGCGGGUCGUCGGUACGCUCGAGCUCGUCUGCGGAGCGGCCAUGGCGAUUAUACCCAAUUACAAAAUUAAAAACGCCUCCAACGGAGUCCUCCUUCUGCUGAUGUUACUAGCGGUUUACUCCCAUUACAUGGUCAACGACAAAUUCGAGAGGAUUGCACCUGCACUGGUAUUUUUCUUCAUGCUGACGGGCCGUCUGGUUAUAGACUGGCAGCUGCGACGGAAAAACAAUCAGGCUGCGACGGCCAACGGCGUGGAUGAGAAAACGAAGAAGCAAGACUGAAGCUGUUGCUAAUUUACCUUAAACUGCAAACAAAUAAACCGACACACCCACACACAAUGCUCUUAUGCCGAUUUAACGAGUAAGUUAUGUACGUAAAAAUAAAUGAAGAGCACUUUUUGACGAUUUUUCAAGUGCGCGCAAAGUGAUGAUGCACCUGCAAUGGCAUAUAGAUACGAGAAAAAAUAAUAAUAAUAAUGAGAGAUACAAACGAAUCUAGUCACUUAGUUAGACGUUGAUGCCUAUACAGACACGAGCAGACCUUACCACGAUCAGACAGAUCCGCGAGAGCGUCGUGCCGAGGCUUUUGCACAAGUGACCAAUGAAGUGGAGUUAACUAUAGGCUUUUUAUAGAAGAGCGCGUGUAUAAGCUCAUUGCCAAUAUGACUUAAACCGAAAAUCAGUCUAGUCAAAGGCGUUUCUAUAUGUUACGGCUUUAAAUACGUUUGUAUAUGGAAAAACUUACUUUUAAAAAUGCACUGUGAAUUUAUAGGGAACAUAAGAAUAUAUACUAUUACAUGAAAUACCACCGACGAAUUGUAAUAACGUAAUAUGCGUCGCAAAUUUUUAACGGGUGUUUUUUAGAUAAAAAACUAAAUGUGUAAAAGCACUUUCUAAACUCAGUAUUCCAAAUUUACAUCCGUCUUUUGUUUGUUCGUGCGUGCGACUUUGUGAUGUGAAUUUUUACCAAAUUUCUUCCUUCUUUUCUUUUCUUGGGUGUACAAGUACCUUUGAAAACUCGCCGAACAGAUUUUUAUUAACGUUCUCUUGCUCCCAUUUGCUUGAUUUUGAAUCAGUUUGUUCUCUUCGAUAUCGUAUCCAACUGGGUGCUAUUGCGAUUUUUUACACGUGAACACGAUAGGACGUACAGUACGUAUUUGUAUACUUAAGCAAAACCAAAUAGGAAAAUGCACACAAUCACACACAUGCGCCAAGUAGAUAAGCACAAUUCAAGUUGACACGUAGAAGUAUUUUAAUCGUGUACGGUUCUCUCCAGACCUUUUUGACGAAUUUACCUCGACAAGAUAAUUUAUUUGUAACGAAACUCAGUGUUAAUGUUUUACGAAAACGAAUCUGCCGAUCCUCGUUUGUGCAUAUAAUUAAAUUGUACGCACGACGAGUGAAAUUUAAGAAUAAUAUACACACAUCAAGAGCUUCAUUACCUUGCUGUGGUACUAGAAACAUAAACCUGAAUUCAUUCAACAUUUUCAAUACUAAUGUUACAAUAGCGAGCGAUAAAAUUGGGGAAAAUAAUUAGGUUUUCAUCACUUCUCUAUAACGGUUCGUUUACAAAAGACGAUUCCUUCUGUUUAUAAGCUACCAUUCGCGAUUGUACAAUGUGUUCAUUCAAUAAAAAAAGAAUUGAAGGCUA